AGCAAAAAUCACAGAAAAUGAGAAAUUCGACAAGGAAAUAGGAUGGAUGCACGUAGAAUACGAUUAAAAAUACGCUGUAUAUCUUUAUAACACUGUUAAAUUUUCAAAAAGUGUGACUCUCUUGAUGAUGAUUCCUCAAACUUAAAUUCUCCAUAUUCUGCCCGUUUUCAACGAAUUUGUGUUCUUGUUAAUCCCGAUACCGCACCGAGAAUUACUGAUUCUUAAUUCUUAUUGAUAAAAGGUGAAAUUCAAUGAAUUGAUGGUUUGCACCUUGUCGCUUUCUGGAGUCUAACGGACCUGUCCUUUACCAAACACCUUGUUUCACCGGAUUCUUUCAUAAGCUGCAGGGAUGGCUGAAAACGGCGUUGCCGCUAUUAAAAAAGAAUUUCUUGCAGAACCUGCCCAAGGUGCUACAGGUGAAAAAAGAAAACGGAAAGAACGUGGCCAGAAUAAACGGAGAAACAAAGUCAUUGUUCGAGAAGACAAUGCACUGUGUCCUCGUAUUUCUUUAGGAGAAGAAUGUCCGUACGGCGCGGAAUGCCGGUUUCCUCAUGAUGUCGAAGCUUAUUUGGCUCAGAAGAAGCCUGACAUCGGCAAGGUCUGUACGCUGUUUGAUAAAUACGGACGGUGCCCUGCGGGUUUCAAGUGCAGAUGGCUUUCAGGACAUGUCCGCGAAGACGAAGACGGCAACCAUGUCCUUGUAACUCGACCAGAUGCCAAGGCACCAACGAAGGUCACAAAUUCCAUGAACAAAGAGGUUCAAAAAAAACUACGUACCAAACAGCUUGACCUCUCGAAAAGCGAGGAAGUCAUUGCUCUCGUUCUCGGUCCUAUGAACAAGGAUGACUCGAAACAAUCCGACCGUAAUAGUGAACGACAAGCAGCAAAGAAGGAGAAAAAGAAAGAAAUCGAAGAGAAAGGUGUAGCGGCAUCAGGCGAAGAGGCCGUUACCUCUGUGAGUGAAGCUGUCACAUCGGGAGAACAGAAGGCUGCUAGUAGCACAGAGCAAGCUGCUCCCACUGCUACCGAACCUCCCACUGCGCAACCUGCUACCGACACUUCUUUUGAAGGUAGAGCAUUUUUGGAAUUGCCUACUCUUCGCCCACAAGAAAAAAAAGUAAUUGACUGGCGCAAUCGUAUGGUGCUUGCACCUCUCACUACGGUUGGUAACCCAGCUUUCCGUCAACUUUGUGCUAGUUUUGGUGCUGAUACAUUUUAUUCGGAAAUGGCGCUUUGCUAUCCUCUUAUGCAGGGUCACCAGCCAGAAUGGGCACUCGUUCGCGGUGUCGAAAGUGAACGUCAAACCAUGAAAACGGGCAGACGUGGCAUUUUUGGCAUUCAACUGGCUUGUGGAAAGCUGUGGCAAGGUGUGAAAACCGCUCAAGUUUUGUCCGAGUACUGUGAUGGUCUUGACUUUUUGGAUUUGAAUUGUGGAUGCCCCAUUGACCUCGUGUACCGCCAAGGUGCUGGUUCCGCUCUGCUUGAUAACCACACAAGACUAAUCCGCUCGUUACAGGGCAUUGAUACCAUUUCCGGUUCUUUGCCUACCACGGUGAAGCUUCGUAUGGGAUGUCGGGAUGACCAUCCCAUCGCUAAACGGUUGAUGACACGUAUCUUCCACGAGACCAAUGUUUCUGCCGUAACCCUGCACGGUCGUUCACGCCAACAGCGUUACUCAAAGUUGGCCGACUGGGAUUAUGUCCGCCAAUGUGCCACUGAAAUUCGUACGUUGAAUGAGGCACUGGAAGAGAAACCGGACGCAUUUCCCAUGCGAAACCAACGCAUGGCUGUCAUCGGAAAUGGCGACUGUUUUACAUACAAGGAUUGGUAUGAUGGAAUGGAAACCGGUGUCGACACUGUUAUGAUCGCUAGAGGUGCACUCGUAAAACCAUGGAUAUUCGAAGAAAUUGAAGCUCGUCAAUCAAUCGAUAAGUCAUCUACACAGAGAUUGGAAAUGUUGCAAGAGUUCUGCAAUCAUGGUUUAUCUUAUUGGGGUGCCGAUGAACGUGGUUUGAAUACAACUCGUCGAUUCUUCCUCGAGUUUAUGAGUUUCUUCCAUCGUUAUACCCCUGUUGCCAUGUACGAGGAGGGUGUCAAUCCUAAAUUGAACGAGCGUGCUCCUGCAUAUAAGGCCAGAGAUGACAUGGAGGCCAUGUUAGCUAGCCCGAACGUUGCCGACUGGAUUUCGUUGAGUGAACGUUUUCUUGGACCAACUCCCCCUCGAUUUACGUUUACACCGAAGCACAAGAGCAACAGUAUGGAUGAGGCGGAAGGAUAGAUGCACUCGUGAUUUUUGUAAAGCCGGUUGUUUUUUUUUGGGGGGAAGGAAAGGACGUUAAUUAGUUUUGUGAAUACGAUAACAAAUUAAGUGAAAGAGAGAGUGAUGUAUGUAUGUGUUAUUUUAUCAGUACAAAAGUUUUUCGAUAUUCA